GAUAGCAGUAAUUUGAUACGCAGGUCGUUCCUGUAGUGCCACGCGAAUUAGAAUGAUUUAUAGGCGAUGAUAACUGGAUUUACUCCGAAUCAGGACAUCGUUUUAAUUAAGUUUACAGUCACUGUUGUUGAGCAGUGCGUCGUUAACAUCUUGAGUGAAUUCACCUUUCAACUUGGAGAAGAGAAGAACUUGGCUAACGUGUUCCACUUCUGCUCUGAAUGUCUAAUCUACCAGGAAAUGCAGGUGUGUCGGUGCUCGGGGACAAGUCACUGGAGUUUUACCGGGACCCGGUGAGCUUCUGCCGGCAGAGAAUCGAGAAACACCGCAGCAGAGUGUUUCAGUGCCGUCUUUUGAACAGACCGACCGCCUUCAUCUGCUCAGUGCAGGGGAUGAGGGAGCUCCUGUGCGAGAAGACCAAUGUGUUUCUGAAGGAUCCAACGGACUUGAUGACCAACAUGUAUGGUGACACUAUUGUCACCACUAAUGGGGAGGAGGCAUGUCUUCUCCGUCUGUCUCUCACCAGCCUGUUCACAGGAAGCUGUUUGGAAUCAUCAAAAGAUUACAUAAACAGUGUUUGUGAGCGCUGUCUGAAGGAUCUCACUAUCAGUGACCAGCCAGAGUGUGUGUACUCUGCCUUUAAGCAUCUGGGAACAGAGUUGGUGUUGGGCCUUUUUCUGAAUGUACGAGCAGAAGAGCAGCCUGAGCUUUACAAGGAAAUCUCGCUACUCUGCACCCAACACUGGCAUGGUCUGAUCUCUGCUCCGGUGAAUGUGAAGGUUCCUUUAUGGUCGUCAGGUUUCUCUACUGCUCUAGAUGCCAGAGACAAACUGAUGGACAUCAUCAAAGACAAACUGGAAAAUGACAAACAUGGUUUUGUGGGCUCCCUUGCAUCUUUGCCACUGCCUGACUCUAGCUGUGCCUCCCAGCAUCUCCUACUGUUCAUUUCAGCCUUGAUUCCCAAAGCUCUGGCCUCGCUGCUCACCUCCUUCACACUUGCACUCAGUGGAAAUGAACAGUGUGGCACACGUCGGCAAGCUUUAGCAGACCCAGAUUACCUGCACAGAGUUUUGCUGGAGGUUCAAAGACUUUGGCCUCCUUUCAUUGGUGGACGCAGAUUAGCUGAUCAGGACGCCAACCUUGCAGGGUUUCAUGUUCCAAAAAAUCAUGGUGUCGUCUAUAUCAGCCACUCUGUCCACCGAGACCCAGAGGUUUUCCACGAGCCCGACAGCUUCCUGCCAGGGAGGUGGAGUGGACGGAAUGCAGGUCAGGAACACUUUCUGUGUUCCUUCGGCAACGGGCCAAGAGGCUGCAUUGGAACUAAACUCACGGACGUCUUCCUAAAGGAAGCAUGUACAUACCUGUUAAAGCACUACGACUGGAGUUUGGAUCCUCCAACACAAGACCUGGAGUACAAAUGGCUGCCUGUGUCUCGCCCUGCCAACACCCCCACCAUCUCCUUCACUCGACUGGAUCAGACUAGAUCUGACAGGAGCGGCACCAGCUAGGGAUGGGGAGUAUGCUGAGAGAUGCACCUGCUAAUAAGUCAGAGAAAAAGAGCAACAUAUGUGCACUAAAAACUGUAGCUGAACCACAGUGCUUGUCUAAAAUGUGCAGAAAAAUGCUGAAAUAUAUGUGGAGACACACAGAGGGAAGCCAGCAAACUGUGAGGCUUCCCCCCGCUGUGUUUUAUACAGUGUUUUAUACAGUACCUGGGGAAAGCUGGGGAGUGUGCUGCUUUUUCUCUGUGCUCCUCUGCCAGAUACUGCCCUGCUUUGCUUGACGAAUCUGCAAUAGCAAACAAAAAUAAAUGACUCAUUCUUCUAUUGUUAAAGCAGACACUUAUAGACAACAGUUUGUGGUCUGUAUUUUAAAUGAGUCAUUUAUUUUGCUCCAAAAAGAUGAACCACAGAGCUCUUUGUCUCAGUGAUCCUGUCAUCUGCCGUUGCUUUAAUGAUGAUUUAGAUUUACCUUCAUUGUAGCCAUUCUUAUGGUGGUGUCUCUUGUGAAUAGAACUUGAAAUGACCUCGAAAGGGCAGCUUCUUCAUGGUAUAAAAAAGCAUUUUUCCAGUGAUGCAGUAUCAAUAAUAAAACCAUUUGAAUCCCAGCAGACCCACAUGCACACAAACACAUGACGAGGUAAACCCUCUGAUCUCAUUACUAAUUCCCAACCUGUCUUCCUCCCCCCCUCCACCACCUAGCAAAGACAUAUGCUCAUGAACAGUUUAUCAUUCUAUAGACCUAUUUUCUUUUUACAUGCAGGUCUCAGAUAUACAUGCACACAAACACAAGUCUAGAUAUCAUUAAAAAGACUUGGCAAUAAUCAACACAUCACUGAAUCACAUGUAAAUUAAACCAGAGGGCGUUAAGAGCACACGCCAAAUUUAUAAAUAACCUUAGUGAGCUGGAUGAAUUGUAGCUACAUGAAUCAUUAAGUAAUCUAAUUCUGUACUGAUUUAUUUUAGUUAGAACUUUCUAUUUAUUAAUAUUCAGGAUAGAACAUAUUUAUACUGUUAUUUUACAUUAAGUAUAUUUUUGUGUUGGUCUUUCAGUCUUUUAAAUGCUGUAAUUAUUAGAUGUCUUUUUAAUUCUGUGUUGAGAUGUAGCAGGCUGCAUGAUGGCCCAGGGGAAAGCGUUGCCUCAUUACAAGAAGGGCCAAAUCUGGUCAGACAGGGUUUUUCCUGUGGGGAGUUUGAAUGUUCUCCGUGUGCAUACAUGGGUUAUCUCUGGGUACUUCGGCUUCCUCCCACAGUCUAAAAACAUGCUGUUAGUAGAUUGGUGGGUCUAAAUUGCCCAUAGGUGUGAGUGUGAGCACACCUGGUUGUUUGUCUCUACAUGUCAGCCCUGUGUUUGACUGGCGACCAGCCCAAUUAAAGCUGGGAUUGGCCCCAGGCUCCUUUGACCCCAAAUGGGAUAAGUGGGGUAGAUAAUGAAUGGAUGGAUAGGAUGCAGCGAUGAGCCGAUGUCUUACCUUCCUAUUAUGUAAGUCAUUUUGAGACUGUUCAACAUCAAAACUGUUACAUUUGAUAUUAACAAUAUUGACUUGUUUUAGUGAAAAAAAUAACAUGUUGAUAAAUGUUAGCUUUCUCUGUUAAUGAAAGAAACUUUGGAUGCUAAAGACUGUUUCUUAGAGUGACUUGACCACAGUUUCUGAAAUGAACAGGAGAUCUUUGGAUCAUUUAAGGAUGAAGAAAAUAAAGAAGAAGCACUGAUGCUUAAUUUUUCACUGUUUUUUUCUAAUUACUCUGAACUGAUCAGUUUAACUGACAAAAUCCCCUGAGUAUUAACUAUUACUUGAAAAACUGUCUAGUAUUAAACACCUUGAAUAUUCAUUCAAGUAGAGCUGUCAAACAAUCACAUUUUUGAAUUAUGCUCAAUCACAGAAUUUCUGUAGUUAAUUGAAAUUAAUCUUUUUUUCCACAAAUUAAAUUCCACUGUUUUGCAUUUAAAACUGUUGUUUCAUUUUAAAAUUUUUCACUGUCUGAAACUUCUGUUUUGAUACAUUUGGAUACAGAUGCAUUAAUUCUAAAAGAAAAUAGAGAACUUUGGGUAGACAUUAUGACAUUAACUCAAGCACAGAAAAAUACAUUUUUAUGGAUUGAAAAGGAAAAUAAAGGAAUAGUAAAAACAUGAUUUUUUUUUGCAUUGAAGUGAGGCAUCCAUUAGAGGGUGGCAUUGAAGAUGUUUUUCAUUCCCCUUCCAGCCCAUGUCCACAGAAAUAAUCUAACCCCAUCCCAAUCCCAAACCAAAGUUAAAAAAAAAAACCCACCCUCCCACUCCAAGUAGAAUAGAAAUGAAUGAGACAUGAGACAUUAAGAAGCAGAGGUGUACUUAUUGUACAUCAUUGUUGCUGCAGGGAGACGUUGCAGUGGCUUAGCCCAAAGUGCUGAAGGGGACAAUAAGAUGUGAUAAAUGCAGUUCAAAAAAAUAAACCGUAUCAAUUGUCCUGAAUCGCAUCCUGAUAAAUGAGAACACAGAGAAAUAGUAUUUUGGAAAAAUC